CCAGGCUCAUGCGUUUCUGGUGACGGUGACAGAGUGGACACAGGAAGAGCGGAUACCCAAAGGAUCUAACUGAGAGGAAUCCCUGACGAAACACUGGAGAAAGAAGAGAGAGUAUAAAGAGGAGAAAGCAGAUACAAAACAAUCAGGGGAUGACAUAGCCAAAGAAAUGAGGAUCCUACAGCUGAAUGAAUGUGAAAAUCUUGAGCUUUAACCAGCGUACCUAGGACAAGGGACCUACCCAACCAAACCAAAGUACUUCUAUACCAAAGCAACCUAAACCAAACAGAACCAAACCAAACUAAAGGUCUAAAGCCUGAAUCCAUCACCUACAGUAUAUUAUAUAUUGUCAAGAUGAAGCUGGAUAGCACACCAGGAGACAUGAGCGGGUGGAGGGAGAUGGACUUUGCCCUUAACUGCACCUACAUUGUGCCAGACCAGGUGUCGGACCCGAGCUUCAGCCUGCCCAAAGCCAUGACUUCCAUCCCACGCAACCUCACCUUCGAAUACGGCACAGACAAUGAGGUGACAGGCGUGUUCAGCAAAGAAUACAUUCCUCAGGGGACUCGCUUUGGCCCCCUGCAAGGAGACAUCUUCACCAAAGACAAUGUCCCCAAACAGGCCAACAGGAAAUACUUCUGGAGGAUUUACAGCAGUGGGCAGCUUCAAAACUUCAUUGACGGCUAUGACGUCCACAAGAGCAACUGGAUGCGUUACGUCAACCCAGCCCGCUCUCUGGAUGAACAGAACCUGGUGGCGUGCCAGAACAGCCGGGACAUCUACUUCUACACCAUCCGACCGGUGGAGCCCAAUCAGGAGCUGCUGGUGUGGUACAGCCAAGAGUUUGCCCAAAGGCUCUGCAGCCAGCAGGGCGACAUCAAACAGAAAUACAUGAGUUCUGAUGAAGACCAUGAGCUGGAGUACACCAAACAGCACUUACCUCAGCAGACAUGUCUUAAAGAAAGAACAAAGGAAGAGGUGAAAGAAGAGAUGGAUGAAGAUGGAGAGGAGAAGAUUGAUGUGGAGAUGUUGGAGAGAGACACUCCGCCUGACACGCCUGACGACCAGAUCAUGGACUUCAGCAAAAAGGUUGAGAAGGAGGAGAAGAGUGACAGAGAUCCAGAAUACCGGGGGAUCAUUCCUUCCCCUCAGCUCGAACAUAGAGAGCCCAACCUGUGCUUAAAUAACCCGUACUUACCAGAUCACCAUCCUGCGUUCCCAUCCCUGCACCGAAAUCUCCCUCUUCACCUUCACGGCCUCUACAGCCACAGAGAGGGCCUUGUUUCAUCUUAUCCCCUUUACCACCAGUCCAGCCCCCUCCAGCCCACUUACCAGCUCCUUCCUCCCUACGGCCCACACUAUUCUCGCCUCCUCCUCCCCUCGUACUCUCCUCCCUUUCCUGGGAUGCUGCCCUCAAGAGGAUCCCUCCGAUACAGCAGCUAUCUGGGCACAGACGGACACCCGUAUCCACCUAUCGGCCAGCCUAAUCUACUUCCAGUGUCCCUCCCCUACCCUCCGUCUCCACAGGGGGGUCUGAAAGAACUAACACCAAAUGUGUCGCCACCACGAGGAGCCCCAGCCACCCCAGAGCUCUCACCUCUCCCCAAGCCCGACAGUCAGCAUCAGUCCCCUGAGCAGUCUCCCUCUGGUUGCGAGGAAGCCAUGAAUCUAAGCCUGGCUAUGACCAAAAGCAACACAGCACCACGCAACGGUCCUGGCUACAAAUCCCUGCCCUACCCACUGAAGAAGCAGAAUGGAAAGAUCAAGUAUGAAUGUAAUAUCUGCACAAAGACUUUCGGGCAGCUGUCGAACCUCAAGGUCCAUCUCCGAGUGCACAGUGGUGAGAGACCGUUCCAGUGUAACCUAUGCAAAAAGAGCUUCACUCAGCUGGCCCACCUCCAGAAACAUCACCUGGUCCACACAGGGGAGAAGCCACAUGAAUGUCAGGUGUGUCACAAACGCUUCAGUAGCACCAGCAACUUGAAAACACAUCUGCGCCUCCACUCUGGGGAAAAACCUUACCAAUGUAAGCUGUGCAGCACCAAGUUCACACAGUACAUCCACCUCAAACUGCACCGCCGCCUCCACAGCAGUCGCGACCGCCCCUACCGCUGCCAGCUCUGCGCCCUGGCCUUCUUCCACCGCUUCUCCCUCCGCAUCCACCAGCGCAGCUGCUGCCUGGCUAAUUCCAAUGCUCCUGUCAACAUACACAUGAAAGAGAUGGUGGAGCGGUUUGAUGCCAGCCAAGAGGCUGACACGCUCACAGAGACGGCAUCGGCACCGCAGGUGGAGGAAGCUGUGGAGCGCUGGUUGGCCCGUACUUUGGAAGGCGAGGGGAAGGAGGACCAGCGAGAGGCCACCAUACUGCUGAAAGCUCUGACAGCGGCUAUUAACGCACCAGCAAUGCCCAUGACCCAACCAGCUAUGCCUACAUCACACCACAGCCCUCCACUGACCUAUCAGGAGAGGGCCAGCGUAGUUCAUCUCCACAAACGGCCAACAGUGAAAACAGAAGGACAGAGAGAAGGAAUUUAAGGAGGGGGAAAUAUAAAAAGGACAUGCAACAUAACAUCAACCAAGAAGACAGAUGUGGCCAAAUAAACUCCCCAUAUUGUCCACGAAGGGCAUAACAGGGAAUAUAAACUUCCAUAGUCCAAUGAGCGCAGCACCAAAAGAAGAGCAUUCCAAAGACUGGGCGAGGGUAUUCAGGGAUUGUACUUCCUCCUAAACAUCAGUUUAAAAAAUGAAAGCGGAGGAUGUUGUUAAGCUGUGAAGUAUUUAAAACUCUUUUCACUCAGGUAGAGAAGUGUAUGCUUUUUUGUGCUUUAACUUAUUACUUAUUUUUGAAAUUUAAGUCAUCUAUAUUUAUUUAGUAGUACCAACCAGUUUGUUUUCUGCUAGUGUUUUUUUUUAUGUGUUGACAUUUCCAAGGAGAUUUUACCUCUUAGGAAAACAAAACAACAAAAAUGACAUAAACCUGUGCAUGAGUCUCACUUGUUAUAUUGUGCAUUGUUUAUUGUGACAGUGCGUUUGAGCUUCUGGGUGCUCGUGUACAACGAGUGGAAGUUUUUAUAUGAACGACAGGGCACAGUGAUAGCACAAAACACCUUCCUGCUCCUCAACUGUUUGCAACUAUUUUAUUUAUUUAUAAUAAAAAAGGGAAAAUCAGGUAUCUUGAAACUGUGUGUCAAUAAGCAAUUGCCAAAAUUACAAUCAAAGAACAUGAAUGUGUAGCAUUGUUUUCCGAUCAUUAUUCAGCUCAUUCAAACAUUAGAAGGGAAGGAAGACAUUCAGACAAAGCAUUAAUCACUUUUUUUCUUGAUCAUUCAGCAACUUCUCACAGCUAAUUUAGAUAUGUAUUGAAGACACACUGUGUUGAACAAAACCAAAUACCACCAAAAGAAACAAAAUACUACAGAUUCAAUGUGAUCACAAUAUCACAAUGAAAUAUGUUCACUAUAUCCUCUGAAAAAUAUUUUUAUUCUUUCUUUCUUAACGUUUUUAUGUCACAACAUAAUGCUGAGUAAAUAAAUCGCUAUGUAGCUUUUUACUUAAUUCAAGUGUUUCAGAUAUUUCUUACAUACAAAGCUUUACUGUAAAUGUUUGUAAACUCGAGCCUCAUCCAAAUCUUAAUUCAGACAUCAGUACCUCAUAUUCAGCAAUGGACAACAAAAACGAGCAAAACGGGAGCACAAUUUUCUAAUAUUGUUAAUAUUUUUCUCACUUAGCACUGAAAUGAAAAUGCUACUAGAUCUGUGUGCUUUGGGUGUUACCCAAAACCAGAAGGCUGGAAUUGUUCUUGAAAAGUUUACUCCUGAGCCAGCAAUGUACUUCUUUUAUCAUUUUGUAGUUUUUUUUUUUCUUUUGUACAGUAUGUUUGUCUAUGUAGUUUAUUUUUGGAAACAGUUAAGAAUUUAUACGUGAGAGACUAUUUUGAUGAUACUUUUAUAUUUACAUGAUGUAGCAUAUUAAAGAUAUUGUUUCUAUA